AUGGACACGAUCAUUUCAGCCGAGAUCCCAGACAAGCUGACAGACAAUGAGUAUUACAAAGCUGUCGAAGAAUUCAUGUUGCACGGCCCCUGUGGCGCUGCCAGGAGUAAAUCCCCGUGCAUGGCAAAUGGCAAGUGUUCGAAGCAUUUUCCAAAAAGAUACAUUGAUGCAUCACAUUUUGACCAAGAUGGUUACCCGUUGUAUCGAAGAAGGGAUGAUGAGAGGACAAUAAAAAAGAAUGGAAUAGAGUUGGAUAAUAGAUAUGUUGUACCACAUAAACGGUACUUGCUUUUGAAAUACAAAUCCCACAUUAAUGUAGAGUGGUGUAACCAAUCUAGGUCAAUCAAGUACCUCUUCAAGUAUGUAAACAAGGGCAACGACCGUGUAACUGCUGAGUUUUAUAAGACUACGAUGGAUGAAGCUGGUAAUGAGAUUGUGGAUGAGAUAAACAUGUACUAUGAUUGCAGAUACAUAUCUGCAUGCGAGGCAGCUUGGAGGUUGUUUAGUUUUGAAGUCCAGUACAGAACUCCCCCGGUUGAGCGAUUAAGCUUUCACUUGCCGGAUUGCCAAUCAGUUGUAUUCCAAGACGAUGAUACGAUUGAUAAUGUCCUCAAUAGAGAAACCGUUGGUCAAAGUAUGUUUAAUGCAUGGUUUGUAGCCAACCAGAAUUUCAAAGAAGCGAGUUUGCUGACUUGCAUUGAGAUGCCUACCAAAUUUGUGUGGAAAAAGGACAUCCGUGAAUGGCAUCCAAGAAAGACCAAGAGAACCUCAAUUGGUCGAAUAUUCUAUGUACCUCCAGCUUCAGGUUAUACUUAUAACUAUUUGGAUGUUGCUAUUGUAACAGAUUUGGUCUUAACAGAGGAAGAGAAAAAGAACUUUGCAUUAUUGGAAUUGGAAAACCUGUUGGGGCAACAAAACAAGUCUUUAAAAAACUACCCUCCGAUGCCCACACCAAGUACUGAUAAUACAAGGUUGUUUCAAAAUCGAUUGGUUUUUGAAGAGUUGUGUUACAAUUCGGAACAAUUGAAGACAGAUUCUGAAGUGAUGUGUGCCAAACUAACAGAAGAACAGGGUCUCAUUUAUGAUACUGUUAUCCAAGAUAUUGCCAACAAUAAAGGUGGCUUAUUUUUUGUUUAUGGAUAUGGUGGAACAGGAAAGACUUUCUUGUGGAGAGCGUUAUCAGCUGCAGUCCGAUGCAAAGGCCAGAUCGUUUUAAAUGUCGCAUCAAGUGGCAUAGCUUCUUUGUUGUUACCAGGUGGCCGAACUGCACACUCGAGAUUUGCAAUACCUAUUGCAAUAAAUGAGGACUCUACCUGUAACAUUAAACAAGGUAGCGACUUGGCUGAAUUGUUGAUAAAGACGAGCUUGAUAAUUUGGGAUGAAGCUCCCAUGAUGCACAAGCAUUGCUUUGAAGCGUUAGAUCGAACCAUGCGGGAUUUGUUGCGUUUUGUAGACCCUAAUAGUGAAAUGAAGACGUUUGGUGGUAAAACAGUUGUUUUGGGUGGAGAUUUUCGCCAAAUUCUUCCAGUAGUUCCAAAAGGUACACGGCAAGACAUUGUUUCUUCCGCCAUAAAUUCAUCAUAUCUAUGGGAUAGUUGCAAAGUUUUAAGGUUGACUAAAAACCUCAGGCUAAGUUCGGUACACAACGGUGGGAACCGGCAGGCAUUACAAGAGUUUGCUAACUGGAUUGCCAAUAUCGGCGAUGGAAAGCUGGGUGGGCGGAAUGACGGGUUCGCAAAGGUUGAAAUACCAAAGCACAUGUUAGUAUCAUCCGGAGGGGACGACAUUAAAACAAUUGUGCACAGUAUAUUUCCAAUGUUUGCAAAUGGAAACACUGACCCCGAGCAUCUGAUAGGUCGUGUUAUAUUAGCACCAACGCUCGACGUGGUCAACGCAGUUAAUGACUAUAUGACUGAGUUGCAUAAUGCCGAAAACAGGUCAUACUAUAGUUCAGACGCAGUAUGCAAAGCCGAUGGCGAUAACGGUAUACUUGGAGAUGUACACACACCGGAAUUUCUAAAUAGCAUUCGGGUGUCAGGUCUACCAAAUCAUACACUUAAUUUGAAAAUCGGCUCACCAGUAAUGUUAAUGAGAAAUAUUGACCAUUCUCUUGGUUUGUGCAAUGGAACUCGGUUGAUAAUCACAAAGCUAGUAGACCAUGUUAUUGAAGGCGAGAUUCUCACUGGUCCCAACAAAGGUACAAAAGUGUUAAUCCCCCGAAUGUCAAUGUCACCAUCGGAUCCAAGAUUGCCGUUCAAGUUUCAACGAAGACAAUUUCCAUUGAUGCUUUCAUAUGCGAUGACCACAAACAAAAGUCAAGGCCAAACGUUGACUCAUGUAGGUUUAAUACUAAAGAAACCGGUUUUUGUACACGGUCAGUUGUACGUAGAUGCAUCUCGGGUUAAUAAUCCAGACGGUCUCAAAAUAUUGAUAGUAAAAGACUCAAGUUCAACUACUACAUCAACCACUAAUGUUGUAUAUCAUGAAGUUUUCAAUAAUUUGUAA